AUGAACCCUUUCUUCAACAAUCCUUUAUUUCUUGACAAUCACGGCCCAACACCUCCAAAUUUCCAAUCAGACUCGAGUUCAUCUGACGAGACGGAACGGUAUAUUAAUCUAUUCACAAUGGCGCAUUAUGCGAUUCAACAAGAUUUCCGUGAUACUGCCUCCUCUUCAAGAACGUAUACAAGACGCGGUGAUCGUGAUGAGUCUCACAACCGUCUUUUUCGAGAUUAUUUUGCCGAGGAACCGAAAUUUAAUGAGACUUUUUUUAGACAACGGUUUCGUAUGAGUAGACGGUUGUUUGUGAAGAUAGCUUCAGAUUUGGAAAACAAUUUUAGUUUUUUUCAAAGGAAGAUCGACGCUCGUGGUAAAUCUCGACAGAGAUACACAUCUGCAGUUCGCCAGUUAGGAUACGGUAGUAAUCCCGACAGUUUAGAUGAUUACCUAAAUAUGUCGGAAAGAUCGUCACGUGACACCCUUAAUGCUUUUUGUGAUGGAGUCAUUAAGUUGUAUCGGCAUGAAUAUUUGCGUAGGCCAACGCGUACUGAUACGCAACGCAUUCUUGAUCAUCAUGCAUCUUAUCAUGGUUUUCUCGGCAUGUUAGGGAGUCUUGAUUGUACACACUGGGCUUGGGAUAAUUGUCCAGUAGCUUGGCGUGGCCAGUACACGCGAGGUGAUCAUCACGGGCCGACGAUAUCGCUUGAAGCAGUUGCAUCACAGGAUUACAGCACAACACCGUUGGUUCCUUUCACUGUAAAUGGAACCGAAUAUCAGUACCCGUAUUUUCUCGUGGAUGGGAUCUACCCAAGAUAUGCGAUGUUUGUGAAAACGAUUUCCCAUCCAACCGGUGAGAAAAGGAUUCAAUAUGCUAAGGCACAGGAGGCUGCAAGGAAGGAUGUGGAGUGA